CUCUUUGCCUUUGCCUAGGGUACUCUUCUUCCACCCCUGCCAAUGUCCUUCCCCCAGCUUGUCCUCUCUCUAUAAAGGCCCUGCCAUGACCUGGCCAGACACAUCAUCCCCAAACCUUCCCAGCCUGGGCCAAGGACACCUAAAGGCCCAAUCUUCACUUCGCACCCUGUCUCCCAUGUUGUUGCCCAGCUUCUCAGGGAUAUGGUCACCUGCCUGCUUCUCUCAGGCCUGGCACAAAGCCAGGAGAAGUCCCCUGCUCCUCCCUCUGCCAGGAGAUCCUGCCCUGAGGGCUUUGCCUUUCAUGGCUCCCACUGUUAUGGUUUAUUGAUUACUGAAGAGACCUGGGCCACAGUGGAGUUGCUGUGCCAAGACUAUCCCUCUGGUCAUCUGCUGUCCCUGCUCAAUGGGGCUGAGGCCUCCUUUGUGGCCACCAUGAUUACUGAGAGUAGGGUUGGCCUGCAACCUUUCUGGAUUGGCCUGCAUGACACUAACCAGAAUGGCAGAUGGAAAUGGAGCAGCAAGGCCCUAUACCUCUACCAAGCCUGGGAGGAGAAUGGUCCUAAUAUAAUGACCAACCCAGCUUCUGUGCCAAACUGACUCCUGAAUCUGGAUUCCAGAAAUGGAGAAAUGUACUCUGUAAUGAAAAGCAUCCCUACCUCUGCAAGUUCCAAGCCUAGAGGAGACAAGCCAGAAGAAGGGGUGGGAAUUCUGCAGCCCUGGAGCCAAGCACGCACCCUGAGCACCCUGGCCAAAAUCUGUUCUCUCACAAAGCCUUCUUCUUCUUCUUCUUCCUCACACUCAAACCUCCCCUCCUUUUUGAAAUUUCCCUCAUGUCCCCAUUCUGCC